CACGAAGCGACUUGUAACCGGGGCCGGGGAAGCUGCUCCUUUGGGGCGCUAAGAGGGUAGGAUCUCCGACGUUACCAACGUCGGGAUGGGAAAUUCCUCAAAAGCCCACCGCCCCGAGGCUCCAAGUUUCUCCAAACAGUAAGCGAGCUCCAUAACCGAAGCAUUGGUGAUAGGACACGAAAAAGAUAUGGGGAACAAAGAGAAAGCGGGGGAGCGAAGAGAAAAGAGGAUGCAAGAGAUCUCGAUUCUCAGGACCAUUCCUUAUUCUGAUCACCAGAGGUGGUGGUCUAAGGAAACAGUUGCCGUGGUUACUGGUGGAAACAGAGGUAUUGGAUUUGAGAUUUGUAGACAACUUGCUGGACACGGAUUGACUGUUAUAUUGACAUCAAGGGAAGCGGGUGCUGGUUGUGAGGCAGCUAAGGUCUUGCAAGAAGGUGGUCUUAACGUAGUUUCACAUCAGCUGGAUGUCUUAGAUUCUUCGUCCAUCUACCAUUUUGCUGAGUGGUUACAGAAAAAUUAUGCUGGUUUGGAUAUUCUGGUAAACAAUGCUGGAGUUAAUUUCAAUCUUGGGUUUGAUAACUCUGUUGAAAAUGCCCUUAAGGUUAUUGAAACAAAUUACUAUGGCGUUAAGAGCAUGACUGAAACUAUGAUCCCAUUGAUGAAGCCUUCCACUGCUGGUGCUCGUAUUGUAAAUGUGAGCUCGCGUCUCGGUAGACUAAAUGGUAGACGUAAUCGAAUCAGUGAUGUAGCCUUGAGGGAGCAACUAAGUGACGAGGAAUCUCUUUCGGAAGAACUGAUUGAUAGGACUGUGUCCACUUUCCUACAACAAGUAGAAGAUGGAACCUGGACGUCAAAUGGGUGGCCUCAAACCUUUACCGACUACUCAGUGUCAAAACUUGCAGUCAAUGCUUAUACAAGACUCAUGGCAAGAAAGCUUCCUGAGCGACCCCAAGGUCAGAAGAUUUACAUCAACUGCUACUGCCCUGGCUGGGUGAAGACUGCUCUUACAGGUUAUGCAGGAAAUAUUACAGCUGAGGAAGGAGCUGAUACUGGAGUCUGGCUUGCCCUUCUUCCUGACCAACCUGUAUCGGGGAAAUUCUUUGCAGAAAGGCGGGAGAUUAAUUUUUAAGCAAUCUAUGUGUCACGUCCACUAUAUCGAGUCAGCAGAUGAGUGGUGAGCUGAACCAUGACGUGGCGAUACCCAAUGACGGUCACACGGAUUUGGCUGCUUUGCGUAGAAGCACUCGUCCAAGAACACUCACGUGGAAGUUACGAGAGGGGCAAGAGGGAUAAAAUGCAUGUGCAUGCAAUGAGUGGAAAACAGUGUGUGAUUGUAAUUGGUCUCUCUCUCCUUUCUGUUAUUCCUCCUCCUUUCUCUGGUAAUUCUGUUCUGUUAUCGUUUCCUUUUCUGAACUACACUUCUGCUGUAUUGUUUUCUGAUGAACUUCGCAAUGCAAUUUACUGAUU